AUGUCAGACCAGAAUCCAUCGGACCCUUUCGACAGCCAUGCUGAGAGUUCAGGAUGUUCCAACGAUGAUUUUGAACAGUUAGACGCACCCGGCAGCGUGUUCUACAAUCAGUAUCAUGACAGUGGCGAUGCCGAUGGUCCGGAGGAGGUCGGCUCCUCAGGCGCUUUUGACUACGACCUCGAGCAAGACACCCAGGUCUCCACGACCACAGCCAACUUACUGGAAGAUGAAGCCGAAGAAGAUCGUUACGCUUCAGGAGCUUCUGAAGCCGAUGCAUACACGCGUACUGCAGAACCGUUGAUUUCCUUCGACGGGGACGAGUAUAACAACUACGCUUAUGAACCACAGGAGGAUGAUCCUAUCCAACCUUCAGCCCCGGUCCCAGAUCUGGAGUCCGCCAACGAUUUUGCUAGCUCCACGGCUGCAGAUAUUCUGUCGACUAUUACACCGUCAGCGUAUCCUCCUGCUGGUCAUUAUAGAGAGCCAAUAUCCAGCACAAGUUACGAUGACUAUGAGUUUAAUGAUGAACCUGAGAUUGAGAAAGUACCAACAACUCUGGUGAAGAACGUACUGGAGGAUGCCAUUGAGGAAACCGCAAGAGCUGCCUGUUUUCUAAGAGGUCUAGACCCGAGAGUUAAGGACCUUAUCUAUUGGAGAGAUGUGAAGAAAACUGGAGUGGUCUUUGGCAGCCUGCUGGUGAUCCUCUUGUCUCUGGCCCUGAUGUCUGUGAUAAGUGUAGUGGCAUACAUCUCUCUGGCUGUGCUGGCACUCACCUUCAGCUUUGUCACCUACAAGAAAGUUAUGAAUGCUGUACAGAAGUCUGGCGAUGGCCAUCCGUUCAAGUGUAUCUUGGAAAAAGACAUUGGGUUAAAUGAAGAGAGACUCAGGAGCAUCAUCCAGACCAUCCUGAAGAAUGUCAAUGCGACUGCUAAGGAGCUGCGUCACCUGUUUCUUAUUGAGGACAUUGUGGAUUCAGUCAAGUUUGGAAUUCUUCUGUGGGCACUGACAUACAUUGGCUCAUGGUUUAGUGAUAUGGCACUCAUCAUUAUUGCGCUUGUACUUGUGUUUUCGGUGCCCAAGUUGUAUGAAACUUACCAGGUUCAGAUUGACAACUGUAUUCAUGUGGCCAAAGCACAGAUCAACAAUUACUUGUCCAUCAUCCAGAGCAAGGUGCCAUUCUUGAAAAAGAAGGAGAAGACUCAGUAG